CUGAGCGAUUUUACUAAGUUUUUUUUUACUAGUUAAAGUGGGACUAACCAACCUGCAGGAUUGUGGAGAUGGAAUGAAAGCAGCAGCUAGUUAAGGCACUUAGCACAUUGUAGGCACCCAGCUGAGUGACAGCUGACAGAGGUCUAUUAUUAUCCCAGGAAAUGUCAUUGAAAACCUGAAAGGAAAUUUUAAUGUCAUUAUUAUAAGAGGGCCACCACAUAGAUUUUGCUCAGGCGUCUAAUACAGAACUUGGCUGUGUUGUCCUGCCUCAGAGAAGAAACUCCUCUUGCAGGCCUUGCCUGGGUUGCAGCCUUUGAGAACAAGGGAAGGUCGGCACAAUAUCAACCGCAACACAGCAUGGGAUUUCCGGAGAGGUCUUAUUUCGAGACUUUAUAAAGAACAAGAACCACAUGGACUUCUGCAUGGGAAAUUGAACUGGCCUGAGGCUGAGGGGAAGGAUGAUGUGUGCCCAACCUGUACCUAACACCACGGAGAUCAGGUGGCAGAAAGUCUUAUAUGAGCGACAGCCCUUUCCCGAUAACUACGUGGACCAGCGGUUCCUGGAAGAGCUCCGGAAGAACAUCCAUGCCCGGAAAUACCAGUAUUGGGCUGUGGUAUUUGAAUCCAGCGUGGUGAUACAGCAGCUGUGCAGCGUCUGCGUUUUUGGGGUCAUCUGGUGGUAUAUGGACGAGGGUCUUCUGGCCCCGCACUGGCUUUUAGGGACUGGCCUGGCUUUGUCACUGACUGGCUAUGUUUUGUUCGAUCUCCUUGAUGGAGGUGAAGGACGGAGGAAGAGUGGGCGGACCCGGUGGGCUGACCUCAAGAGCGCCCUGGUCUUUAUUACUUUCACGUACGGUUUCUCGCCCGUGCUGAAGACCCUGACAGAGUCUGUCAGCACGGACACCAUCUACGCCAUGUCAGUCUUUAUGCUCUUAGGCCACCUAAUCUUCUUCGACUAUGGUGCCAAUGCUGCCAUUGUGUCCAGCACCCUGUCCUUGAAUAUGGCCAUCUUUGCUUCUGUCUGCCUGGCCUCACGCCUGCCCCGGACCCUGCAUGCCUUCAUCAUGGUGACAUUUGCCAUCCAGAUUUUUGCCCUGUGGCCCAUGUUACAGAAGAAACUGAAGGCAUGUACUCCCCGCUGCUAUGUGGGAGUCACAUUGCUCUUUGCAUUCUCAGCCUUGGGGGGCCUGUUGUCCAUUAGUGCGGUGGGAGCCACCCUCUUUGCACUUCUGCUGGUGUCUAUCUCCUGCCUCUGCCCUUUUUACCUCAUUCGCUUACAGCUUUUUAAAGAAAACAUUCAUGGGCCUUGGGAUGAGGCUGAGAUCAAAGAAGACUUGUCCAGGUUCCUCAGCUAAGUGAGGGAACUCCGUUUUGUUAUUCAGGCAAGCUGAUAGACUAGCCUCCCAAGUAGGAUCCAAUCGAAGGCAGAGUUCCAUUCUGGAAGCAGCAGGCUGAUGUGGUGGGAGAACAGAGAUCCAAAGAAGAAGUGAACCAAAGGCUUUGGUGGUGAAGGUGCUUGUCCUUUCUGUUGCUUGGUGGAUGAAAAAGCUUUCUGGGGCCCUCGGGCAUGGUUACCUCCCAUGUCUUACUCACUAUAACAAAGGAAGUGAUGUGGUUUCUAUUUAUUAAAAACUAACAACAUAUCCAGCAAA